AUGGUAGAUACAGGACAUCAAGAGAAGAAAAAAAGGGGACGAAGCAAGGCUUCAACCACUUUGGUUCCUCCGAUUCCUGAACAUGAGGGACGCUAUACCCUCCGUCGAGGGAAACAAUAUAGCACUUCUGUUGAGAGAAGUAAAAAUAGUGCUUCUCACCAGCGCGUGAAAAAUAUUAUCUUGGAGACUAUUCAAGACAGCACGGACAUAGAUAACUCUAAGGGUACCGGUGGUUCUUCAAACACGGCCACCAAUGGAGCCGAUAAAGCCGUUCUAGAUAAGAGGCCAGAUCCGUCAACAUCUGUUCAUGACGCCGAAGUUCAGCCAGAGCAGACGCAAAGUCCUAACAUACCUGACCAAACACAUAACAUUAAUCAAACACUGCAGGAAUCAAGUUCCGCUUCUGCGUCCCAUACCAGGACUUUGAAUUUGGAUACCUUUGACAAUAAUACUGCCAUAAAUACGGUGUUGUAUGACCCAGAAUCAAACAAUCACCCGACGGUGCCUGAGCCAUCCAAUCACGUCUUUGGCUUUAAAGAGGGGUCUACUUCUCAUGUAGACUCUCAGAAUGGCGUGUCAAUAGAUGAAGCCUAUUCCCUUUUCCAUGCGCCAAAGGAAUCUCACAACCUGCAGCCGAAUGGAAAUGCCGCUCUGUUUUCGCCACUUGAGAGCCAGAAUAUGACUUUUACACAGUUGCUGCAGGACGCUAUUAUGCCUGAUACGCCAAUCAAUCACACAUAUACCAUGGACGUUAACAUGUCCCACCAGCUGAUCUCCAAUAGCCAGUUUGAUAUGUUAUAUCCAGAAAACUUCUCUACGAGCAAUGGUGCCCAGCAAUUCUCUGAAUCUCAUAUUACCCAGGACAAUACUCAGGAUCUGCCUACACGUGGCAGUACCUACGGUUCUCUGGACUUCAAAUUUGAUGCACAGACAAAUGGCACGCUCGACACUCAGAACCCGAAUAUGACGGAUAUCAAUUCGUUAAUUCUGAAUGCUCCCGAGGACAGUACGGAAUCCAAUAAUAUCAAAGGUCGUCAAGUUUCCGCAAGCAGUCUCAAUGAAACCACUCCUAUCCUCACCAUUCCUCCCCACAUUUUGUCUCUCAUUUCUCCAAAGCUUCAGGAGGAAUUUGAUAUGUCUGUUGCAAAUCGUCAGAAGGUAUUUUUGGAGUACUCGGAGCGUGAACGCAUGAUUUGCGCACCUGCUCAGCGAACAUUACCGGAGAUUCGACAUGCACUAGAAAAUAUUGACCGUUGCAUUGACUCCAUCCAACGUCACAAUCUCCGUAUUGCAGAAAUUCAGGAGGAGGUAGCAAAGGCUCAGCGCAAAUUUCAGGAUGCCGAAAACAUCAAAUCGUUGGAGGAAAAGUUGGCUUUGCUGCGGGACGAAGAAAAACGUGCACAGUCAAAUCUUGAAAACGGGACAGUAGAGACGUUUUUGGACCUAAAGCAGGCUUUGAUGAGUAUUCGGUCGCAGAUUCGGGAUGUCGGCCUUCUUCUGGAUGUAGCAUCGGCCUCGUUGAAGAACUCCAAGUCACAGAGCCCUUCGGCUUUGUCAGCUGGUCAAUCAAGUGUAGUGCAGCCACCAGCUCCAAAGCCCAAUCGCUCAAAAUCGACUCAGCCAGUUAAUGAGAAGCCCAGUGAAAAGCGCGCAGCACCUUCAAAGCCUCCUCCUCGCAAAAAGGCAAAAACAGGACGUCCUAAACUGAUCGAGGAAGAGUCCGACUCCGACGAGACAAUCGAAGAUAUAGGCGUCGAGACUAUGGAUAUUAUCCAGGAAAGGACCUGGGCGUCCAUGAACCUGCACGAUCGUGGUAAAUUUGAAGCCGGUGCAAGACAGGCCAUGCAUCUCUACGAAUCCACUGGGGAUAUAUCUCAUUUUCAUAUCCGCUAUCGGCUUGCUCUUCGCCACAUCCAAUCUUUCUUACCAGAAGAAUGCUUUCAUUCCAAAAAAGUGGCUAUUGCAAUCUUCCGGACAGCUUCCCUGAACUUACUAAUUGGAAUAUGCGUACUGGGCGGCGUGUUUUCUUCCUAG